AUGAAUCUUUCAAAUUUGGAAGAGCUUCCAGAAACCCUCAAAAAAUGCUUUACACCUCAACCUACUGAUAUUAUCCUCUGUACCCUUCCAAAUACCCUUCCAAAAUCUGGCACAACCUGGCUUAAGGCACUAUGCUUUGCAAUUUUUGCAAGAAGCCAAUAUUCUGAUGGUUCUAAAAUAAACCCUUUGCUCAAAAAAAUGCCACAUGAUAUUGUGCCUGUUCUAGAGUUUUUAUAUUGUAUGGGUCGUCAAAGAGACUCUAGAACUCCAUUGUUGUCCACUCAUGUUCCUUAUGCUUCCUUGCCCAAAUCAAUUAUCAAGUGCUCUACAUGUAAAGUAAUUUAUAUGUGUAGGGAUCCUAAAGAUGUGUUUAUCUCGCAGUGGCACUUUGUAUGUAGGCAAUUGGAUAUUGAUGCUAUUCCAUUGCAAGAGGCAUUUGAUAAGUUUUGUAUUGGAUUAUCUGCUUAUGGACCAUAUUGGGACAAUAUUUUAGGAUAUUGGAAAGCAAGCUUGGAACAUCCUGAGAAAAUAUUGUUUUUAAAAAAAUAUGAAGAUUUACAGCAUGAUACGUUGUUCUAUGUGAAGAGAAUAGCAGAGUUCAUGGGUUACCCUUUCACUGCAGAAGAAGAAAGACAAGGUAUUGUGCAAAACAUAGUUAAUUUGUGUAGUUUUGAAAGCUUGAGCAAUUUGGAGGUGAAUAAGAGUGAUAAGAUUGGCACUGCAUUUCCUUCUAAAUUUGAAAAUAAUGCGUUCUUUAGAAAGGGUAAGGUAGGUGAUUGGAAGAAUUAUUUAACUCCCGAGAUGGUAAAACGACUUGAUCAGAUAACUAAAGACAAAUUCAACGGUUCCGGCAUUACUUUUUAAGCUGUUUAACAGCUUCCAGUGUAUUAGCAUGGAUUGUUUCUAAAAUUAUUCUUCUGUGUUUAGAAUUAAUGGUGUGAGUUGUUUGUUCAUUACAAAUUUUAUGUUUCAGAAUAAAUGGUGUGAUUAAAUCUUGAAGUUGAAAUAAGAACUUGCAUAUGCAUAUUUCUUUUCU